AUGUCAUCAGUGACAAGUGGACAACUGCUCUCCAAGAGAGGUAUUCACUCUGACUGGAUGAGUGGAUCUCUUCAUUUGUCCACAAUAGACGCCUAUAACAUUGACGAGUACACCCAAAAAUUGCCUCUCCAGCAGUCAUCGAGGGGAUACUAUGCAAUAUAUUCAUCAUUUUUUUUUGAAAAAAAAAGACAUGUUAUCUACAAUCCUAGAAUAAUAGUAACUAGAUCAUCUGCUUUUCUCAAUUUCUAUAUUAUAGGCAGUUCUAUCUACUCUGCUCUGCCCUGCCCCUUCCCCUAUUCUGGUUCUGCCUCCGUCGACUCUGCUGCAGGAGGGGAAGGACUCCCCGCAAAAUUUCUCCGAGCGCGACGCAAACCCGCACAACGCCCAUGGGCCUACUCGACAAUAAACCCGGCUCAACAACCACAAGCAGACGGUUCAUCCGCCGCCGCCGCCGCAGCAAAAGCAUCCUCACAACUCGACCUCGGGAUCUCGCUCGCGCUGCACGCCUGGCCGGCGCUCACGCUCGCCGUGCAGUCGAACUGGGGAGGUCCCAACUCGUCCGACAAACGGGACUGGUUCUGCGGCGCCAUCUCGGACCUGCUGCAGGAGCGGCCGGAGACGGACGCGGAGGAUCUGGAGGAGGUGCUGAUCCAAGUGAUGAACGACGAGUUCGACGUGGUGGUCGACGACGGCAGCGCGGCGGCGGUGGCGGCGCAGAUCAUGGCUAUGAGGGAGCAGACGGCCCGCGGCGAGUUUGGCGAGAUUCAGGCUAUGUACCAGCAGUGGAAGGAGAAGAUGGAUAAGAAGGGAUCUGCUGCGGCGGCCAUGUUCCAGAAGGUGGAAGCCAGGGACGAGGAUCAGGAGACGGACGAUGAUGAAGAUGACGAUGAGGAGGAGGACGACGACGGCGACGAGGACGUCGAGAUGGACGAGGCGCCCGCGUUGCCGCGCGCACCCAGACAGAAGGUCGAGCCGGAGGUCGACGAGGAUGGGUUUACCAAGGUCGUCGGGAGGAGAAAAAGAUAA